AUGAGAGAAUAUUUAAAACGAAAUUCAAAAAUUUCGGAUGACGUCGCAAAUAAAUCUUCGAAAAAUUUAUUUUUAUCGAUAAAUAACAAAUGGCCGCCACCAAUGAUAAAAGUUUGUCAAAAUGAUACGAUAUUAAUCGAUGUUAAAAACGAUUUACCUUACGGAAUCGAAACGUCCAUUCAUUGGUACGGAUUCACUUCCGGUGAAAAUUCUCCAUUUAUGGAUGGCGUCCCGAUGGUCACGCAAUGUCCAAUUUAUUCCCGCAUGACUUUUCGGUAUCGUUUGAAAGCCGUCAAUUCCGGUAGUUUUUAUUACCGUGCACAUUCAGUUUCUCAGCAUCUCGAUGGAAUUUUCGGUCCACUCAUAGUAGAAAAUGAAAACGAUCAGAAAUACGAUGGAGAGGUGGUUGUCGUAUCACCUAAAAUGUUAAAAAUUCAAACUUAUAAUAAUAAUUACGAAGAAAAUUUACAAAUCGAAUCGUUAAUUUUUGAAAUUUAUAACAUAACGAAUCGAUAUGAUGAUGAUGAUGAUGAUAAAAUUCAUUUGCCACGCAAAAUUCGAGUUAUAAAUGCGGCAGGUUUAAAUUGUCCUGUGACGUUAUAUACUCAUACGGUACCUUUAAAAAUUAUCGCGUUUGAUGGUAACAACUCGUCGAUGGUAACAAGAAUCCCAUGUGGUCUAGUGGCUAGGAUAGCUGGCUUUCACCCAGCAGGCCCGGGGGAAAGAAUUGAUUUGAUGAUAAAACGCGAAGCCAUGAAAGUUAUUUAUAUAAAAGGCCAUAAUUUAUGCGAAGGACACAUUAAAUAUGGAUUAAACAAAGGAAAAAGUGAAAAUGAUGAUUGUUAUGAAAGCAAACAAAUCUCACCAACAAUGGGAAAUAAUACGUGGAAAGAAUUCAAACCAGAAAAUCCAGAAAAUCUCGAGAAAAGCGAUUUAAACGUGUAUAUACCUUAUGACGUAACGAUAAUAAAAAAUUAUUCUGGAAUUGUUGAUUUCAGAUAUAAACUUGGAGAUUUAACUCCAUACGCACCCUCCAUGUUAUAUCAAAUUAAUCACAAAUCUUUCAUGUAUCCAUCAUCCCCUAUUUUAUCACAGCCUUAUGACGUACCUGAAGACAUAAUAUGCACAUUGGAAAAACCUUCUGCAAGGUGUAAACAAUUCGAUAAUGAUUUUUGCGAAUGUUUAGGAAUUAUUAAUCUACCUUAUAAUAAAAAUAUCGAUUUGUAUUUAAUAGAUGAAGGAAAAACUGGAAAUUUAAGUCAAACCGUACACGUUCACGGUCACACGUUCAACGUAUUAUCAAUGAAAUCGUAUGGAAGGUCGAUAACCUUACAAGAAAUUAAAAACGAAGAAAAAUCUGGUAAAAUCUAUAAGAAUCUAGUCGAUCCGAUAAGAAAAGAUACGAUAUCGAUACCUAAUAAAGGUUUUGCGAUACUAAGAUUAAAAACGGAUAAUCCAGAAAAUUUCAAUUCGGGUUUUGAAAUUUUAUUAAACGUUGAAAAUCCAAACGAGGAUUUAAAACCGCCAGAAAAUUUUCCAAAAUGUGGAACAAUGAAAAAUCCAGAUCUAGUCAUUAUACCAGAUUGA